AUGUCAAUUGGUUCUAAAGAUAUUGGGGCAUUUUUUUAUUUAUAUGAUCCCUCCACCCAGUUAACCAAAUAAUCAUUUUUGAGAGUGAACUUUCAAAAUCCUAAUCACAACAUUGCAAAAACUUUUCUUGGAAGUGAUAGAGAAGGCUAUAAAAGAAUGGUAGGAUCACUGCAGGAGUUUAGAAUAUGGUUUGAAUCCAGACAAUUUAAAUAAAUCGAAAGUUAUAGAUACUUAAAAAUAUCAAUAAAUGAUUAAACUAACACACUGCUAUACUACAUUUAAUUUUCCUGUACAACUCCGUCAACUUUAUUAAAAAAUCUGAUAAAUGAUGAUGAUGAAACCAACUACAUAGUUAACUUCCUAUUACAUGAUUCACCUUUAAGAUAAGAAUAAUUUGAUGAGAAAAAUCUCUUAAAAAUCUGUGAAGAAGGUACUUAUUAUUCACCUGCUAACAAAAUUUGCAUUUAACCAACUGAUAUUGCUUUUAAAUUAGAGUAUUAUGUAGAAAAUGAAUAGCUUAUAAUUGAUUCUAAUGUGAAAUUUGUUAAUGAUGACUAAUCAUCAUACUAAUUAGAUUAUGAGUUGAUAGGAGUUACACCAUUCUAUUAGGAAAUACUUGAUUUUAAACAAAUACUAUUUUCCCAUUCUAAUCAAGUUUUUAUUGAUUUAAAAUGCCCACAGCUUUCAUUUACAAAUUAUGUAGAGUCUGAAAGCACAGUUUACAUAUACAAUUAAAAAAACACAAUGCACAAAAUAAAGCUUUUCAACAAAAAAUCUUGCUUCUUAGAUCAACAACAAUUCUAUUAUAAUUGGACAAUUUAUUCAGACCAGAGUACUUACGACUUAUUUAAUAUUCUCGAUAUUACCUUGUCAAAUUAGAAUUAAUAGAUAAAUAUACUCCAACAAAAUAUCGAGAUUUAAAAUCUAUAUGAAUUUAAAGCAAAUAUAUCCUUUGACUUCAAUAACUCAAGAAUUUCUAAAGUUUAGACAUUCAACAAAACAGUUACUUUUAGAUUCGUUUAAGACCCAGUUAUUAUAGUAUUACCUAGAUUAGAGUACAUAUAAUCGAAUAAAGAAUUUUUUGUAAUCAAUAUAUCAAAGUCUUUCGUAAUAUUUCCAGGAAAAGAAGGAAGCUAACUUGAUUAUUAUAUUGAAUAUAUUCCAAAUGAACCACAUGGCUGCUUACGUGCAAUUACUAAAAAUGAUUUAGGAAUAUCUUUAAGUUGCGAAAUGCUUGGAUAUUAUACUACUUACAAGAUCUAUAAGAUUGACUGGUUGAUGAACCUUUCAAAUAUUUCUUGGAUUCUUGAAAAAGAGUAGAUUACUAAUCCCACUAGCAUGACAUAAGAGCAAAUUUCUUAGUUGAGCUAAAAAUACCUCGAUACAUUUCUAAAACCUAUUUAUGAUUAAAAUAUAGAAACUGAUUCAGUAUAGGUUGUGAAUAUAAGUACACAAAUUAUAAUGAUUCAGAGCAAUUUCGUUCUUUAAUUAUAAACAAACAAUGAAAACUUUGAAUAUAACUAUGAUGAAACUAUCAUUCUUAAUGCUACUGGAACUUAUAAUCCUUUAUAUAUAAAUGAUAAUCUUGAUAUGUUUUGGACAUGCCCUAAGCCAGAAACAAUAAAUGGUACUGUUUGCUCAAAUGAAACAAAUACUAAAAAUAUUUCUAUAUCUCCUCUAUUAAGGUUUUAAUAUAAUUGGAAAUUUGACUACUAAUAUACUAUAAUACUAGCUGUCUAGAUUACUGGUACUGAAUCCCCCUAAUUGUUUUAUAUCAAUGUUUUAGUUAGAUCUCCACCUCACACAGACAGCAUUGAAUUAUGCCCAAUUUUUGAGUUUACUGCAUCGCUAAAGAAGACUUAGCAAAUGAUAGCUUAAAAAGAUUAUCUAUUCUUAGAUGCUUCUUAAUCCAGUUAUGCACCAGAAUUUAUUAAAAGAAAUUUCUUGUAUAGAUGGAUAUGCCCUGUAGAAUUCGAUGAAUCUCUCAUAUGUAAAACAUCGAAUUCGACUUUAAAUAUUAGUUAUGAUAUCAGAACAAAAUUGGGAUAUAAUGAACCAGGAAGUUUAAUUAAAAUAGGAGUGAUCUAAACUAUCAUUUAUUACAAUUCUGAGCAACUUGAGCAAUCUCAAAGUUAAUAGUACGUUCUUGAUCAAUAGUAAUUCUACCUUGAUGGGCCAGCUACAUUUGACUUUGACACAGAUUUCUCACUCUAAAUAAAUCUAAAAUCAUUUGAUCCUAGCACUAAUAUGGAAUAAUUAUCAAUUUAAUGGUAAUGGGCUACUUCAGAGAUUAUUAGAAUCUUAUUGGCCAAAUUCUGA